UGCGUGAAUGCCGGCACUGUUUCUGAAACAAACAGGAGAGACGAGAUGUGUCUGCAUGCAACAUUGCAUCCGCUGUCUCUCUGGGGGUCCCAUCUGAGCUAGGAAUCCCUCUGAGACCAGAGCUGGACUGCUGUAGUCUUCCCAGCAUUCUCUUGGAUCAGAUUGUCCUGGCUUGGGAUUUCAUUGGUCUUGCUUGAUUAUGGACUGCUUUUGUGUGGUCAGGACUGAUUUAGCAUCAGUCAGGACCAAAUGUGGAUUAAUCUGAAAUAGUUUUGGGCUCUGGGUUCUGGUAGGUCGGGAAGAGCCAGGACUGGUCGGGAUACGUGUGGGCUCCAGCUUAAAUGUCUCUGCCUGAGUUUCUUCGAGAGGGCCAGGACACCCCACACCGGAUUCUGUCUCGGCUCACCCAGCUUCUCUAUAACCUAUCAGCUACAGUCUUACAGGGAGUCGCGUUCGCUCCUUUCACAACUGCAAGCCGCAAGAGCUCCUGGAGGGACUGGAACGAUGAGAUUAUGCAGCAGGAGAGCAGUCCUCUGUGUGCUGCAGACAUCAGCCCUGACCUCAGGAAACAAUUUGCCUUCUUAUCUGGUGGUAGAGGACUGAAUGGCAGCCCCAUCAUUAUUUUCCCAGAGUACCCGACGUUUGGUGAGCUGGAAGAACAGGAGUUUCACAAUGUCCUGACAUACCUGACCAGUGUUCCCAGUCUCAGCUCGUCAGGGGUGGGCUUCAUCCUGGUCAUUGACCGCCGGCAAGACAGAUGGGCAUCAGUGAAGGGGACGCUGCUGCGGAUCGCGGGCUCUUUCCCAGGAAACCUGCAGCUGGUGCUGGUACUGAGACCCACAACGCUCUUCCAGCGGACCAUCUCAGACAUACUAUUUAAGUUAAACAAGGAUGAGUUUAAAAUGAAAGUGCCGGUAAUCAUGCUCAGCUCUGUGACUGAGCUUCACAGUUACAUCGACCGCACACAACUCAUUCAGGAACUGGGUGGCACGCAGGAGUACUGCCACGAGAAAUGGAUUUCACACCGCACCGCCAUUGAAGGUUUUGCCCUGAUGGUGAAGAAAACAGCACAGAUUCUGCAGUCAUUUGGAACAGAGCUGGCAGAAACAGAGCUGCCCAAUGAUGUAGAGGCCACGUCCAACCUUCUGACCAUCCACACUGAGAAGAAGGACAAUAUGAAGGAGGACAUGAGGAUUGCUCUCUGUCAGGGAGGACGUUUGCUAGAGAGCAUCAAUGAGCCACUGGUGAAGGAUCCAGAUUACACCAUGAACCAGGAUGAACUGGAGAACCUUGCCACUGUUCAGAGGCUGCUGGGUCAGUUAGAUGAGACUGAAACAGCAUUUGAUGAUUUCUGGGACAAACAUAAGACCAAGCUGGAGCAAUGUCUGCAAUUGCGGCUUUUUGAACAGAACUUCAGGGAGAUCAAAGCUCAUUUAGAUCUGGCGUUUGACAGAUUAUCAGGCUUCUCGGAAGUAGGAAUAAGCCCCGCCCAUGCUGAACAUAUCCUCAAAGAGCUGACCAAUCAUGAGGAAAGAACAUGUGAAGUUUUGGACCACGCUUUAUCUCUAGCAGGUGAUGGAGACAGUUUAAUUGAAGCGUCUCAUUAUGCUGUGGACUCCAUCCUGCCCAAAUGCUCUGACCUGCGGACUCUCUGUGAGGAGAUCAGUUGUGUCCUGAAGGCCAAAAAAGCACAUCUGCACAAAGCUAUGGAGCUACACCAAUGUCUAGAGAAGACCACUAAAUGGUGUGAUGAAGGUAUUUACCUGCUGGCUUCUCAGCCAGUGGAUAAGUGUCAAUCACAGGAUGGGGCGGAGUCAGCAUUACAGGAGAUUGAGCGUUACCUGGAUACAGCCAAUCAGUACAAGCUGACAGAUUUGGGUGGAGUUUGGAGGGACUAUGAGUCUGUGCUCACGCAAGAUUUCAGGGUUCAGGUGGACAGAGUGUUUCAGAAGCAGCAGUCCAUGCAAGAAAUGUUUGAGAAGAGGAGGGUCAGUCUAAAGAAGUUAGCAGCCAAACAGACACGACCCGUGCAGCCCGUCGCCCCUCGUCCAGAGGCCAUCAUCAAAGCACCCCUCUCCUCUCCAGUAACUCAUAGGGAGAAGACUAUAGAGGGUGAUAUCAUCAAUGGAAACUGCAGAAAGGGAGAGACACACUUGCUGAAUGAUGGCAGCAGACACCCUUCUGUCUCUGAUGAAGAGGAGAACUUUUCUGUGCUCAGACGGCAUGUGAUGAAUGAGCUGUUGGAAACGGAGAGAGCGUAUGUAGAGGAGCUUCUCUGUGUGCUUGAGGGUUAUGCAGCAGAGAUGGACAACCCUGCCAUGUCUCAUCUAAUCCCCAACACACUGCUUCAUAAGAAGGGCAUCCUCUUUGGCAACAUGCCUGAGAUAUACCACUUCCAUAAGAAGACGUUUCUUCGUGAACUGGAGGCAUACACCGAUUACCCUGAGCUGGUAGGCCGAUGUUUCUUGGAGAGGAUGACGGAUCUGCAGAUCUAUGAGAAGUAUUGUCAGAACAAGCCUCGCUCUGAGUCUCUAUGGAGACAGUGUUCUGACUGUGCUUUCUUCCAGGAGUGUCAAAAGAAAUUGGAACAUAAACUUGGUCUGGACUCAUACCUGCUGAAACCUGUUCAGAGAAUAACCAAAUACCAGCUUUUACUAAAGGAACUGCUGAAGUACAGUAAAAGCUGUGAAGGGGAGGAUGACCUGCAGGAGGCGCUCUCUUCUAUUCUAGGCAUCCUGAAGGCUGUGAAUGACUCCAUGCACCUUAUUGCCAUCACUGGAUAUGAAGGUAACCUGAGUGACCUGGGCCGGCUGCUGAUGCAGGGGUCGUUUAGCGUGUGGACGGAGCAUAAAAAGGGUCACGUAAAAGUGAAAGACCUGGCACGCUUCAAGCCCAUGCAGAGACACCUGUUCCUGCAUGAGAAGGCUCUGCUCUUCUGCAAGAAACGAGAGGAGAGCGGAGAGGGUUAUGAGAAAGCCCCUUCAUACAGCUUCAAACACUCACUCAGUAUGAGUGCUGUGGGUAUUACUGAAAAUGCAAAAGGAGACAACAAGAAGUUUGAGAUCUGGUGUAACUCUCGAGAGGAGGUGUACAUUGCACAGGCACCGUCAACAGAAGUCAAAACGGCAUGGGUGAAUGAAAUCAGGAAGGUUCUGACUGGCCAGCUGAAGGCCUGCAGGGAAGCAAGCCAGCAGAAGAGUUCAGAUCAGAUCUCUCAGUUAACACCCACCAGCACCACAUUUACCACGAGCACCUUCAAGACCAACACAAAGAGCCUCAAGAAGGGAGAGGAGAAGAAAACUGAACCGACAGUGGUAGAUCCAAGUACAGCUUCUUUACCCAAAAACACUGAUAAGGUCAAAGAUGAGACAGUCACCAGUCCCAACACUGAGAGAGCUGCAGUGGCUAAAAAACGUUUUACACUGCAGGGCUUCAAUAACCUCAAGAGCCAAAAAGGAUCCCCCCCUAGUCCAGACCACAAAACUAAAAGACAUGAGAUUAAGAGUGAUCCAACUCCCUUUGGCUUUAGAGAUGCAGGUCCCCACAUCAAUCUUACCCGAGUGAGAUGGAUGAGCACUUCUAGUCUGUUGCAGGCUAAAAGGAGAGGUUUCACCAAGGCAUCACUGUCUAUGGAUGCGUCAGAGGAGAAUGACGGUUACUCGAGCACCGAGGACCCCAUGAACUCUGACCCCGAGGAGGAGGGAGGGAAGAAACUGUCUCCAGGCAGGUAUGUGGUAGCUGCUGACUAUGAUAAAAGCGGACCGCAGGAGGUGACGGUAAAGAGUGGAGACACAGUGGAGUUGGUCAGAGAAGGAGAUGAUGGACGCUGGUUUGUACGUAAUCUGAGGACCAAUAAAGAGGGCUGGGUGCCAGCCACAAACAUACUAACUCUUAUCACAGAGUCCAAAUCUUCUCAAUCUCUCUCCAGCUCAGAAGGCAGUGGAUCUGGCAACCUCAGCACAUCCUCUAGCUGUAGUGAGUCCUACACGAGCUUCUCGGACAUCAAAGCCUGAAGUCUGGGCCUCAAACCUACAUCUGCACCACUGCCUUCUGGCAGCUCCUACACAGUGCACUUUCUACUGAAGCUUCUCGGGUCUUUGUACUGUAUUUAACCUCCUCAAUUCUGCUGAGAGAGGAAUUGACCUCUGCGGUCAGUAUCCGCUUUUCAGGAUAUUUUAUAUAGAGCGUCACUCUUUCUUAAUGUUAUAAGAGGAGAGAGCGCAAUAGGAGGGAUACUGCAAUUUUGUGUCUGCUGUUCCCCAUUCAAAUUCUCCUUUGCUUCAAAUGUACUGAAGCAAAGCUGUUACCUCCUCUCACAACUGCAUGAUAUGUUUCCUAAAAGAUUAGACAGUGACAGAUAGAUUCUUAAAGUGAUAGUUCACCCAAAAAUGACACUUCUGUCAUCUCAGUCUUGUUUACAAACAUGACUUUCUUAUUUGUAAGCAGAAUGUUAGGGACCUGACAGCUUCAGUCACCAUUCGGUUUCAUUGUAUGUCAUUCUGCCCAACAUCUUUUGUGUUCCAGUAGAAAGUUUGGUUUGGUACAACAUGAAGGUUAGUUAAUAAUGACAGAAUUUUAAUUUGUGAGUGAAUUGUCCCUUUAAAGGCUUCUGUAACAUCAUCAGAGUAAUCUGCAGUUUCAUUGAAAAUAAUAAGCGCACUCAAUGGACCUUUCUAUAAGAAAAGUUGAGCUUCCACCAAUUUUAUUGAUCUUGCAAGGAGAAUAUUAGUGUCUUUUUGGAAUGUCUUAUUUUCUUACCGUCUAAAGCUCCUGUCUGAUUUGCUGUAGCAACAAGACAAUUACAUUUUGUUUUUUACACUAAAUAUUAUUGAGGUUAUGCCAGGUUUCCUGCGACUGAAAUGACUGUGAAAAGUCAUGUCAUUCACUGUAUGUAUUAAUCAAAAAUAGCUGUAUAGUUUAAAUUAUUUCCUGUAAAAGGAUACGAUUUGUACAGAUAUUAACUUUUAUCUCGUGUUUUUCAUUAAAACAGUAUAUACAUAUAUAAAUAUUGUAUAUUAUGACCACUAUUGUUGUCAAUGAAUUGUAUUUAAUUAUAUUUUGUUGUAUCUGUCACUUUACUGAUCUGCAACAUUCAUGUACAUGUUAUUACAAUUGUCCAGUAACAACAUAUUGUAUUCACAUGUAAUUUAUUUUAUGUAUGUCAUCAUGGAUAUUCAUUUGAUUGCUUCAAAAUGCAAAGACUGGAAACCAGCAAUCAAGUUUUUAAGUUUAUUAAAAGAAUAAGUAUUUCUUCAAACUUGUCAAAAAUUUUCAUUUAUGUCAAUGUUCCUAGAAUCAGACUGAUUCAAGGAAGAAAUUAAAUAUAAGUGUUUUUGACAGUUUGAUGACCACAAAUUUUCUCUACUUCAUGGCCGCAUAGCUGUGAACUUUUAUUUGAGUUUAAAUGUAUUCAGCAAUACAAAGUCACUGUUAAUUUCUAUUUAAAUUGUAUGUGGCACAUUGCUGCAUGUUAGUUUUAUCUUCAUGUUUUCAUUUGGCAUUAAAAUAUUUUCCAGUAUUAAGCUUGUAUCUCUGUAUAUGUGUAAAUAUGUAUCUAAGAGGUUGUAUGAGAUUAAUGAAUUUAAAGUG